GGAAUCUACGCGAGCCCUUCACCUCCAAAGUAUCCUUAUUAAUCAAAUAAAGCCCAAACACUUGGCAAACUACAAACUAUAAACCCCUCUCCACUCACCAUCCCAAAAAAAAAAAAAAAAACUGUAUUUCUUCUCUCACUCUGUGUGUGUGUGUGUGUGAGCUUUGCGGAAAGAGAGAAGCUAUUGCAUAGGAGUUGGUGAAUUCGUAACGUUUUUCUCCGGUGUUUACGUGUGGCGUUGUCCUAGUCAUCUUUCUUCCUCUUAGUCAUUGUUGUUUUGUUUCUCUCUCUCUCUCUCUCUCUCUCUCUCUAUUUGUGUUUUUGUUCUGUUUUGAGAGUUGAGACUCAGAGUUUUUCCGUUUCAAGCUCUGAGCUUUAUUUCGAAUACAGUUAGAAUCCGAGAGGAUGUUGGAUAGAAUGGAAGAAUUCAAUGGGGAUAAAUGGAUAGAGGAGUUCGAGGCAAUUACAAAGGAUGCUGAACGCGUCCAGAGAGAGAGCCUUCGGAAGAUUUUGGAGGAUAAUGGGUCGGCAGAGUAUUUGCAGAGUCUAGGCCUCAAUGGAAGAACCGACCCAGAGAGUUACAAAGCUUGUGUUCCACUUGUUACUCACAAGGAACUCGAACCUUAUAUUCAGAGAAUUGUAGAUGGGGAUUCCUCACCCAUUCUCACUGGAAAGCCAAUCACAACCAUCUCAUUAAGUUCUGGUACUACUCAAGGAAAGCCAAAAUUUGUACCAUUCAAUGAAGAAUUGAUGGAAACUACCGUUCAAAUAUAUAAGACUUCUUUUGCCUUUAGAAACAGAGAAUUUCCAGUUGGGAAUGGGAAGGCUUUACAAUUUAUAUACAGCAGCAAGCAGUUCAAAACCAAAGGGGGUUUGGCUGCUGGGACUGCCACCACAAAUGUAUUCCGUAGUUCACAGUAUAAAAAAACAAUGAAGGCACUUCAAACUCCAUGCUGCAGCCCAGACGAAGUGAUAUUUGGACCAGAUUUCCAUCAAUCGCUGUACUGCCAUCUCUUGUGUGGACUAAUUUUCCGCGAAGAAAUCCAGUUGAUAUCAUCCACGUUUGCACAUAGCUUGCUCCAUGCCUUCAGAACAUUUGAGCAAGUGUGGGAAGAACUAUGUGCCGACAUUCGAACCGGGGUGCUAAGCAACCGAAUCACCGUCCCUUCCAUCCGAACAGCCAUGUCGAAAUUGCUAAAACCAAACCCUGAACAGGCUGAUUUGAUCUAUGAAAAAUGUUCAGGAUUGAGUAACUGGUGUGGAUUAAUACCGGAAAUUUUCCCUAAUGUGAAGUACAUUUACGGAAUAAUGACGGGUUCAAUGGAGCCUUAUUUGAAAAAAUUGAGGCAGUAUGCAGGGGAGGUACCACUGAUGAGUGCUGAUUAUGGGUCAUCCGAAGGGUGGAUUGGAGCAAAUAUAAACCCAAAGUUGCCUCCUGAGCUGGCUACUUAUGUUGUGCUCCCAAACAUUGGAUAUUUUGAGUUCCUCCCUCUGUCUGAGAACACUGGGGACCAAGACCAAGAUAAGACUGAACCCACUUUCCUUUGUGUGGAUUCCAAGCCUGUGGGUCUCACUGAAGUCAAGAUCGGUGAAGAGUAUGAGAUCAUUGUCACUAAUUUUGCAGGUCUGUACCGGUAUAGGCUAGGAGAUGUAGUGACGAUAGUGGGCUUCCACAACUCAACCCCGGAGCUCAAAUUCGUCUACAGGAGAAAUCUUCUACUUACUAUCAACAUCGACAAGAACACCGAGAAAGAUUUACAACUGUCUGUGGAAGAAGCAGCGAAGGUGUUAGCUGGAGAAAAACUAGAAGUUGUUGAUUUUACAAGUCUUGUGGAUGUUUCUACUGAGCCAGGCCAUUAUGUUAUAUUUUGGGAACUAAAUGGGGAAGGCAGUGAAGAGGUUCUACGUGAAUGCUGCAACCGAUUGGACCAAUCGUUCGUUGAUGCAGGCUAUGUUAGUUCUCGCAAGGUCAAUACCAUUGGUGCACUCGAGCUCCGAAUUGUUCGGAGAGGAACUUUCCAGAAGAUUCUAGAUCAUUUUCUAGCUUUAGGAGCUGCUGUUAGCCAGUUUAAGACACCUAGAUAUGUAGGACCAACAAACGGUAUGGUUUUGCAAAUCCUGUGCAGCAAUGUUGUUAAGAGCUAUUUUAGUACUGCCUUUAAGUGAAAGCUAUAUAUGUUAAGAAAAAUAUAUAUGUAAUUUUCCAUCUUAAUCCAAUCUAUCUGAAGCAUUGUUUUUAGGCAAUAA